AUGUUCCUCCGUCCUAGUGGCCACCACCAAUUCCCAACUAAACACGCUACACACGCUUCACGGCUGGAGAAGUCACGGCUGCAGACCGAUGUGAUCGUAACAUUGGAGACUUUGUACCAAAAGAAUCACGGAGAUAACCAAGGGUAUGACGAAGGAAACGAUGGAAACCAGCAGCAUUAA